GUCGCCUGCGCUCGGGCAGCGAGGUGUGGUGCCACCGGCUCUUGGGGCUGUGGCUGUUUUCCGCCGGGAUACGGGGGCAACCGGCUGGGGACAACGAGGGGGAUCCUUAACUGUAACACUGCAGUGGGGCUGUUUGGGGGGCGGCAUCGCCUUUAACUGCCCUCUCCAUAUUCCUCUCAACUCCUCCUCCUUCUGUCUUUGACAGGCGACACUCUGAUAGUUGAAGAAGACACGUCCAAGCCCAAGACCGACUCGCCUGUAGUGGCAAAAAGAACGAUGUCUAACUCGGUUAGGGAAGCCGUGCCUGUGCUUGCGAGGAGGGUUGUUCCAGCAGAUAACUCCUGCCUCUUCACCAGUGUCUACUACGUGGUGGAGGGAGGCGUUUACGACCCGGGUUGCGCUCCAGAGAUGCGCAGCCUCAUAGCCCAGAUAGUAGCAAGCGAUCCCGAAUCUUACUGUGAGGCAGUUCUAGGGAAAACUAACAGGGAGUAUUGUGACUGGAUCAGAAGAGAAGAGACUUGGGGAGGAGCCAUCGAAGUGUCCAUUUUAUCCAAAUUUUACCAGUGCGAAAUCUGUGUGGUGGACACACAGACAGUCAGAAUCGACCGUUUUGGGGAGGAUGCCGGUUACACUAAGCGGGUCCUUUUAAUUUAUGAUGGGAUUCAUUACGAUCCACUUGAGCGUAAAAUCCCCGACUCGGACAUUCCUCCCCAGACCAUUUUCUCCACAGCUGAUGAUAUUGUCCUUGCGCAAGCAUUGGAGCUGGCAGAUGAAGCCAGACGGAAGAGGCAGUUUACCGAUGUGAAUCGCUUUACGCUGAGGUGUAUGGUGUGCCAGAAGGGACUAACUGGACAAGUGGAAGCCCGAGAACACGCCAAGGAGACUGGACACACCAACUUCGGAGAAGUGUGACAUCUGCAUGAGGAUGGUUACAUCGACUACCUCACCGAUCCGGAAUAAAAUUCUGGAUUUCCAGAUAAGCUCUAUGUAAUCAUAAAAUUCCGUUCACAAAGCUUGAAAAGCGUAUUAACUUAAUGAUGGCCAAGACGCACGGGUUUGUUAUGGUUAGGGACUUUUCCAACGGAUUUGAAAUAGGUAUCUUCUCGCAUGCUAAGUUAUAGUGCUUUGGCAGGUGGUGUACACUGGCAGCUAAAACUCGAUUUCUGAAAUAAUCUCUUUGUGUACGUGAUCCGAGCGGACAUAGAAAAUCAGGCUUGUUCAGCGCUAGUGUGAAAUCUAGCUUCUGAGUUGCUGAAUUAAUCUCUCUAUUAUGUUUUCAGGGUAUUUAAAUUAAUCUAAGGGUUUGGCAAACACACGUAUUGGCAUUACUUGCGCUAAGAAUCAGACUCUGCAUGUACAAGCAGAGAAACUGCUCGUUUGGUGCCCAAUUUUUGAUGGAAAGAGUAUCUCCAAAGCUGCCCUAUGCUGUUACCAUCAGAAGUAGACUGUAUUGUUUGUGUGAAGUCAUGGCUUUAGAGAAAGAAAUGGCCUCUAAGCUUUAAGAUAGCCUUCUUUACAUUAAUGAGUAGAUGGUUAAGUGUUGAAUAAACUUAUUAAUCCUCCGUAGGUAGUUUUUAGUUGCUUGAAAAAUAAUAUCAACCCCCUGGUGUUUACACUGCAUCAGAACAUAGGCAUGUUUCUUGAAAUACUUUGGAUUCUUCUUCACAAUAGUAUCUGAAAUUCUGGCAAGAGGGAAAUACAGUAGCUAGGGAAGUGACUUAAUUUGCAUCUGUUAAAUACAUUUAAGCAGACUUUUCUUGGGUAUAGCCAAUCCCAUGGCCACAGUGUUACUAAGCUGUACCAGAUUCCAAAUACUGUAAAUUAGCACUUUAAGGUAUAGUUCUCACUCUUUGCCGGUAAAAAGUUUUGCCCUUUUUAGAAGGACAGAGUGCUAACCCAGAAGGGAGGCUUGAAGUUUCUUCAUCUGCAUUCUGCCUUAAUGCGUUUGGUUUGUCACCGAUGACUGUUCAGUAGCAAGACUUUAAUUCUGAUAAUGAAGGGUGCAGUUUAAUUUUCAGAACAAAAUAAGCUGCGUAAACUGCCCUACUUCUCAUGCUGUUCAGAAUCAGGGAAGUGGAAAUUGAUUCAAUAUCUCUUACCUCACAGCGGGGUUGUGAGGCUUAACAGCAAGUGCUUUCGAGGUCUUUUAAAAGGUGCUGUAAAGGUGCAUAUUACUGAAGGGGAUUUAUUUUUUUUUUCUUUGAGAUGCCUGCAACACA